AUGUCAAGAUCACCUUCACCCAAACCUGGAGGCUGGUCAAGUCCUGGCUUGAACACCCCCUACGAUUCAGGUGGGGCGAAUGGCUCGUCACAUAAUGUUACUUGGGCUUCAGCCCAGGCGAGAAGCGCUGAAGUGAAGGGAUACCCGGGUUUCACUCCCAGAAACCAGGGCUUCUUCUCGAAACAUUUUCGCAGAAUAUCCACCAGCUUGCCCAUAAGCUAUGGCGACAAGGAGAAGCUUGGCCGUGGGCGGUACCAGGGCCACAAAUUCUCGCAGAUGUUGAACCGUGUCGGCUGGAAUCUCUGGCGCCUGAGGCGGUCACUCGGAGUAGUCCUGCUCAUUAUCCUUAGCAUUGUUGUGUUUUACGCCACACCAGCUUUGCAUCGAAUGUACAGACGAUCUGCACUUUUCGGUGGCGGCAACAAAUACGUUAUCAUUCUCGCGGCGAACCAGGGUGGAGGUGUCAUGGAAUGGAAAGGCCCUCGCGAAUGGGCGAUCGAGCGCGAUAGCGUCAAGAACAAGAAGAAGUACACAAAGAAGUGGGGUUACGACCUUGAGAUUGUGGAUAUGAGCACGAAGAAACGCUAUGCUCACGAAUGGAGAGAAAGUUGGGAGAAAGUGGACACCAUUCGCAACGCCAUGCGGAAAUACCCCCAGGCUGAAUGGUUCUGGUGGCUCGACACCAACACCUUUAUUAUGGAACCGUCCUACUCCCUCCAGAAGCACAUCUUCAAAAACCUACAAGACAUCACGUACCGCGACAUCAACGUCUACAACCCUCUCAACAUCUCACACCCCCUGACCGAUGAACACUUGGACGCCGAAACUCGCUCGCCUGUCGGUGACGGCCGAGUAGAGUCCAUCAACAUGCUUAUUCCUCAGGACUGUGGCGGCUUCAACCUGGGCUCCUUCAUGUUGCGAAGGAGUGUCUGGACAGACCGGCUGCUGGACAUCUGGUGGGAUCCCGUUGGCUACGAGCAGAAACACAUGGAAUGGGAGCACAAAGAGCAGGAUGCUUUCGAAUACAUGUACCAGAACCAGCCCUGGAUCCGACCACAUGUCGCUUUUCUUCAGCAACGCAAGAUCAACAGCUUCCCACCCGGCGCCUGCGGCGAUGCUGGCGACGAUGUCAACAUCCACUAUCAAGAAAAGGAUCGCGACUUUCUAGUUAACAUGGCUGGCUGUGAGUGGGGUCGCGAUUGUUGGGCUGAGAUGUACAACUACCGCCAGCUCAGCAACCGCCUGAACCGAAACCCUUGGGAAAAGUUCAAGGAUGGGAUCAGCGACUUCUUUAAGAAGACGGCGAAGAAGGAGGAGAAGAAGAAGAAGAAGAAAGAAGAGAAGAAAAACUAA